CGCCGACACGCCGCCGCUCCGCCAGUCCUACGGAAACUCCGCACUGCGGCGGUACCCUGUCAUCUCAUUUCUAACUGCGUCGCAUCUACCCGUAGCGUCUCCUCGAGUGAACCACUCAUUUGGAUGCUAACAGUGAUUCUACCAAACAGUUUAGUGUAUGUGUAGUUCUAAAAAACAUAGGCCUGUGAUCUCCCAGGGGCUUUCUUCGAUACUUACUGCGAUCGUUGAGAUUUAGUUUUCAAAACCAAGCCAUCCUGGACAGCUUAUAGCCAUACGCCUCAGAUUACAUAAUGAAGAAGUACAGAAAUAGCGAGAGUAGGUGGUGCGUGAUCUUGUUAACGGCUACGUUGGCAUCUCAGGUGCUAGCUGAGGCAGGAGUAGGCCUCUACAAUGACAGGCUGAAGCAAGUAGUCACCUCCAGCACCCUCAAAUGGACUAAUAUGAACAAAGAAUCCAAAGAUACCUAUAUAGUGGGGACUCACUCUUCAAAAGGUCCAAUAUAUUUGUGCAGAGCAAGACAUGAAGGAGAAAUGCUUUUGGGACAACUAAGACCAGAUUACACCACAUGUGCAGUUUCAGGAAGUAAAAGCUACGAUAUAUUUGAGGUCCUAGAAAACAUAGAAAACGCUUCACUAAUACAGUGGCAAAAUUGGAAGAAGUUUACUCCCAAGCCACGUGGUGGUGUUUUGGUGGAUUCUGCUGUAGAUUCCGUUUUUAUUGGUCGUACAUCAUCUGAAGGUGACUUUAAAUAUCAUAUAGGAAGGAUAGAUUUUGAAGGCGAUAUUGGAAAGUUGUUAACUUUUGAUGAAAAUAAUAAAGAUUUAGAUCCAAUAACAAUUGGGGAAAUUUUGAUCGAAGUCGAACCUGUGAGUUACAAAUUAGAGAACGUGGUACUAGAUUUAGAUACCCAGCAUAUCCGGCAAUCAAAUCCUGAAAUAAUAGCUGAACGCGUUUUAACAAAUGAUGGUGAUGUCGCAGCAACGCGUGCUACAGAAAUCGAAUAUGACUAUAAUUACAAAUUAUCUUGGGGCCACGGUCACGGUAUUGCAAUUGGACUGAACACAAGUAUAACAAUGGCUGACGGCAGUGAAUCUCAAAAAAUAGAGUGGGCUAAUCCCUUCACAGCUAAUGUAACUAAAUUGUUUAAAUUAGAAAAAUGGUUAGAACCAGGUACAGCUUGUAAUGUUACAUUAAGAGGAAAUCGUACAGAACGCGAUGUCCAAUAUAUUGGUCAGUUAACAACCUACUAUGAAAACGAGUCCCGAAUGAGGCAAAUGCGAGGAGAAAGAAUUGAGAACACAUUAGAAGUAGAAGCAAUAUAUGAUGAAGUUUAUUUUAUUGGCAACAAUAGUCUCGUUCCUACCACUACUACAACAACAACAACUACUACGACAACGACCACCACUACUACUACCACACCACCGCCUAUACCUCCUGUGAUAGAUGAAGAAAAUGACAUUGCAAAUCCGCUGAAGAAACCCGAACAGAUGUCAGAUGAGCAUAAAAUGUUGAAUGAUGAUAUUGGAAAUGCACCUCCUGCUAAUCAAUUAAACAAAGCUGCCAUAGGUGGGGUACAUAGUAGCAAUCCAAAUAAUGCCAAUACAAGAGUGGCCUCUAUUGGUCUAAUUGUUUCAUUGUUCUCGCUUUUUCUUUGAAGGUUUUGUAAUACAUAGUUUGUUCCUGUGUAAAUAAACUGAUCUUAAAGAUUUAAUAUAGUUGCUUGAACGUUGAUAUGCUUACAUACCUAAGCUUCAUUGCUGUUGUUUAGAGACCGGAAGCAGUCUGUAAAAACAUAAAUUUUCCGGUCCCAGUUUGUUGUAAAUAGGAUUAUUUUUUCUUAACAUUCCCGGUAUGUGAUUAAUUCCAAUGUAUAGAACGGAAAGCAAAACUUUAUCACAUAACUGUAAAUAAUUAUGUAUAUAGUUACUGUAUGAAUAUAGACGUCGCAGAGCGACAUGUAACCUUGUCGUUACUAUUAUUUCGGAGAUUUGUAACAUCGUAGGUAGGGUAUAUAACAAUUGAUUGAAAAGCGACGCUGUUACCAAUGAAAAUUACUUAAUGGCUAACCCAAUAUCCACACGUAACAGACAGCUUAAAGUUUUCAAACUGUAAAGGAGGUAUUUAAAACUACAUUGUAUACAAUGAAAUAAUAUUUGUUUACCCAAGCAUACUAGUAUUAUUAAAGUAAUUAAAAAUAUUUCAACAAACGUACGAGUUACCCGGAUUUACUGUUUUUACAAAUCCUGUAAAAUAUUUUCUUACAAGCUCAAUAUAUUUGUUUUUUCAGUAUAUAAAGGAAUAUAAACGAAAUGAUGUUACUUUAGGGAUUAUGCUAAGUAUUUUUGUUAUUUGUAGUUAUAAGUUACAAGAGUUUAAAAUCCAGAAUUAUGAGAUAUUAUUAUUUUAAAGCUUUAGUGUUUAUAGACUUUAAUUUAUUUUGUUUUAUCUUAAUGUAAAAAUUGAGUCCGGACGAAGUUGCCCGUCAGUGCCCUUGGAACUUUCUACUUCGAGAUUCUCUGAUACUCCGAGAUUCAUGCAUGUUACGAUUUUGUAAAAUAAAUAGUAUGGUUAUGUCGAUUUUUAUUAGUUGCCAAAGUUACAGGACAAAAAUUGUAUAAUUUUCAUAUUUCUGAUAUAAUUAUACACAACCCAUCCCUCCGUAUUACUAUAUCACUAAACUCCACGUUAGAAAAAUGUGUUAAGAAUUAACUUUGUCGCUGUGCUUAGCGGCUUUGUCAAAGUGUAAAGAAAAAGGAUAAUAUUUUUGUAUGGGUAGAUAUCGAAUAUAAGUGUUUGCCUUAAGUAUGUGAAGCCCCUCCGACCUUUCAUCCAUAGGUAUAUGAAUAUAGUCAAAUAAAUUUGUGUUUCUUUUACUGUAGUCAAUUCUCGCAUAUUGCAAACACCUUAGUUCUAUUAGUUGUAGUAUCAUUAAAAAAUGUUUAAUUUAUAACAUCAAUGUCCCACCUAGCGUACCAUUUAUCGGAUAAGUGAUUGAUAUCAUUAUAGAUUACACUUUCCUUUUAUUGGCUAUUAUGGCUUAAUGUUGUAAAUUGAUGUUAGUCCAUAAAUCUGAAGUUCAUUAUAAUGUUUUAGAAUGUUUUAGAGAUUUGCUUUGUGUCUCUUGUUAGAUAGUGAAUCUGUUCGUAAUCAAUAAGGCAUGUUCUAUUGCUGUGUAUACGCUCUAAAAUGCGUGUGAAAUCAAUGAAUCUCUCAACUUAACAUCAAAAUUGAUUUGCGAAGCAUAAUUGUGAUGUUCCAUGUAAGGUUUUUUGUUUCAAUUCAUUAAAGUGUAAUUGAGAUCCUA